AUGGCUGCCGCCCUCGCCCGCCGGCGCUCGCCGCUGCUUCCACCACUGCCUCCCUGCUGCUCCCUCGCGCCACUGCUGCCUGUCGCCCCUGUGCCGCUUGCGCUCUCGCGCGCCUCGUCCGUGCCGCGGCCCCGCACGCGCCCAUGGCUGUGCGUGGCCGCCGCUGCCCGUCCCCUGAUGCGGCUCUGCUCCGGCCAAGCCGCCGCACGCCGUCGCUCGCACCCCGCCUCCGCAGUACCCAGCGCCCGCGCGCCGCCGCCCCCUGCGCUCGCCUCCGCCUGCCGCGGCCGGCCGGCGAGUCUCUCCCCGCCGCGCCGGGCUACGGCCUCCGCCGGCGCUCCCUGUUGCCCCGUUCGGGUGCACGGGCGCCCAUGCCCGCAGCUCCCGUAA